CGCUGCUCCUGUUUCCAGACGGACUGAGCAGCGUUACACCGACCUAGCGUGGCUUCUCUUCCUGGCUGCGGCAGGGCCCAGCCCCCUCUGCCCCUCCCUCAUCUGUCUCACACACACAUACACACAGGACACACGCAGGCAUCAUCGGGUCCUGUAGGAAGACAUGGCCGCCCCUGUGUGUUUGCUGCGUGCAGCUAUCCAUCGCUGUCAGCGGCAUGUUGUGAAGCAUGUAGGCCUUAACACCCCAUCAUCCCCCAGCACAGACAGAAGUAGUACUGCUGUAAGAUUCUAUGCAAAACCUGCUGCUGCUGCUAAGAGCUGGACACCUGUACGGUCUACCAAAGAGACCAAAACAGAGAGAGAGCAAAGGAAUAAAAUAUUGACUAAGGAGCAACUUGAAGAAAAGAGAGAGGACACAAGUCGGUCUAAGCCCUUUGGUUUAACAGCUUGGAAACCCAAUGAUGAUGUGUAUAUGGCUCGUUACUAUCCCAAACCAGUUAUUGAACCUGAAGUUGCUAUAGACAUGCUAAAAACAUUCCAAAGACUGGAUUUUACCAGCCCCACUCAGUCAGUGUUUGUUGAACUAAAGCUGGAUAUGAAGUUGGAAAAAAAGAAAAAAGUGGAUCCAUUUGUUGGCUACCUUCAUUUGCCAUACCCAUUUGUGAUGGACCAGAAUAAAGUUCUAGUGUUUACAGAGAAAGCAGAAGAAGCUGAAUUAGCUAGAAAAAGUGGCUCAGCAUUUGUUGGAGGGAUUGAACUCAUCCCUGAGAUCCUGAAUGAUGAAAUACAAGCAGAUUUCUACAUAGCAACACCUGACAUCAUUGGCAAGCUGAAUAUUCUUAAAAACAAGCUGAGGAAAAAAUUCCCAAAGACUAAAAGAGGUUCAGUGGGUUAUGACAUUGUCAACAUGAUGAAGCUGUUUCAAACCUGCUAUGAGUAUUUAGUAGAAAACGAAUGUUUUGUGAAGCUUAAAAUAGCAACGCUGGACAUGCCUCUUGAACACAUACUUGCCAAUGUGGAUGCCCUUGUAAAAGAUGUCUGCAAGUACAAGCCACUGAGUUUUGGUCCCUUUGUGGAGAGGGCUAUCCUGAACAGUGAUACAAGUGAAUCGAUUACAAUCAAUUUCCAAAAAUUCCUGCCGCAAGAGAUUGAGAACAAUGAAGACAAAUGAAGGCAACAGUGAAAAGAUGUCAUGUCCUACACAAACUGAGGCUAUGGAGUCACCCAGCAGAUACCUGGAUCUGUGUCUUGUGGCCCCGCUGGGCUCUGUAUCAGCCUUCCCAUUACAGUAUGUGUGGAAUACAUAAAUACGAGGACACUUCUGGGAGAGCAGAGCUGCUUCUUUGUUUUGUAAUAAACAUUAUUUACUAUU